AUGACGCACCCUCUCAACAGAGCAAUCCUUCGUCCUUCACUCAGUGAGGAUGAUGAAGCUACUACUUUUGCUGCUGCUGCUACCAAUAAACCGAAACAACACCAGCUAUUGGAUGGCAUCAAUUGUGACGUCAAGUUGAAAAACUUUAUGAAACUCAUCCUACCAACACUGCGACAAAAAUACAGAAAUAAUAAUGAAAACAACAGCAAUGAAAAUGAUAAUAAGAAUAAGAAUGAUAAUAUAAGUGAUGAUAAUCACGAUAGUGGUGAUAAUAAUCUAAAAGGGGACGAUGCAGUGGAUAGCAAAGAUUUUUUUAAAAGGAAUUCUGACGAUUUCGGAUACCCGCCAGCCGGCUUCCACACGGCCAGGGGAAAGAAAUCACACCUGACAUCUCUGGAUGAAAAUUUGACAAAUAAUUUUUAA